AUGGAACCUAUCAACGAGAGGAACUUUCAGUCUAUAGCUCAGGUGCGAAAAAGUACGGUGAGCAAUCGCAGACAGGACAGAAGUAAGAGCAAAGUCUUCUUCAAAAUUGACGAAGCAGAGGAGGCCGAGGAGAUGAAGCAGGGCCAGUCCACCGGUCAGAGUAUGUACGGUGGAUCGCGGGGACGACAGUCGAGGUAUACUAAAGUGUACAAUGCAACUGGCGAAAAUGCCCACGAGCGGUCCCUCAAGAUCACUCCGGCCGCGCGAAAACUGCUGGAGACCAUCUACGAUACGCUAAAAACUAUGUUUGAAAAACUCGGCGAAGCCCUGGAGAAUGUUGUGCCCAGAAAUUUUAGGCCUUGCGAAGAGGCGCUUGAAAUAAUGGAACAGCUACACACUCACCUAGAUGACUUCAUUAAAAGUCUGCGCUACAGUCCCUAUGAAGUGGAACUGAAGAAUAUAAAUAACAAAAUUGCCAUGCUUAUCGAUGAGCUGGAAGUGCAGCCACCCUUUCUCCUUCUGCGACUGGUGGAAUUUGGAUUUCACAUAUUCGAGUUCGGAAACUGGAUCCGUGAAAAGCUCCUUCCAACCUCCUAUGCCGUCCUUAUCCACACAAUUCAGACCAGAAUCUACGUAAGUCGCAGCUUCUCUUUAGGUACCCUGAUUACUUACCGUAGUAACAGGCGAUAUACUGUUAUAAACGCGAAUUUUCCAGAUGUCAGCCAUUCCGUACCCCUUAUUAGUUGGCAGUCCUUAAUCCCACUGCGACAUCGAAGGCGUUGGGGAGGGAAAAAAGAGAGGAAACACAAUAUAGCGCGGCAGUGA